AUGAGCCAUGACGAUGAGACUGAUCGAGCUGCACUUGCUCAGGCUUCCAUCACCAAGCUAGCUGAUGCUCUUUCUCAGGUUCCACGUGAAGUGGCCAAGGCAUGGUACUCUAUGAUCUCCCAAGUCAGUGUCAAUGGACUCCACAAAUUUUGUCGGACUGUUGAUUUGUCAACAGCAUCUGCUGCCCCAGCUUCCCUCAUGAAUAUGCCUCGUGAUGGCUCUCCCAAUGCUGACACAGGCACUGAUGGUUAUACGAAUGAGGCAUCGCCAGUGCUUUCACAGCAUCAUCGCAUCUGCGAGGCUUGCAAAUCUUGUCACCUUCCUAAAGAUUUGCCUUCCGACUUACGUCUCCAACUGGCUGUGCUUUACGGACCCGACUACGCUUCGCGCAUCCUAGAUAGUGGGGUAUGCUGUAUUCGAGUAGACGAGUCUCAUCCGUUACUAGCUGAUAUCGUCGGUUGCGAAUCAGCUAACUCUGUCGAUGCUGCUGUUGGCCAGGAGGUCUCUUGUGUCUCUGUUAGUGGGAGCCCACAUGGCUCUCGGCUAGACGGUGCUGCACAAUCAGGUCAUACAGAUGAAAUACUCACUGCUGAACAAUACGCAGAUGCACCCUUGUUAAGUCCAAUGCCUGGUUCUUGCCUCUCACACUCGUCAGUCGAAGCCUCUUCGCUUUUGGCUCCUAUCUUGGAGCCAGCUGCGCCAUUUGAACAAGCCUCGCCAGGUUUAGCCACUUGUAGCUCCACAGCUCUACAUUCAAAUUCCGCCUCCUAUUCUCCUCCACUACGAAUUUCUCGUUCAUCUGGCAGUUGUAGAUCGGGCCCAAAGCGCUCGACUAGCGUAGCUGAACGAGUUUCUGAGGAAGUUAUACCAAUUCGAUCUUCCCUGGAGCCUGUUCUUCCUAAAUCUACUCCACCCAAUCAGUUCUCUUCUGCUCAUGCAGAUGUUGAGCCUUAUGAAUCAGUUGCUGCCAUAGAAACGCAAACUUUAACAUCAGCUCUACGUUUAUCGAAGGAAUUAGCUUGUACAAAGAAGACGGAAGCUGCCUCACUUCCGAGGUCUUCGCAUAUUUCUCGCUUAAAUGCAAAUCUUGAUCAUGGAGCCUCGUCUACGGCCAUUAUUAACCCUCCCCAUCAUAUCGCCGAAAUUACUCACUCACUUGCAAAG